UCUUGUUUGGCGAUUCAAGGGGAGGCGAUUGGCCGAUUGCUUUUUAAAUUUAGUUGUAAAAUAUCGCUGAAAUCUCUGACGUGUGUUCGUGUCACUAAUAUAUUGCAAUAAUAAACGACAAAGUUUCAAUUUUUUUAAAAACCUUACAGUAAAACCAUUGAAUAAAAUGGCUAGUGGUCAAUGGGAAGUUGUGGGAAAGAAUAAAAAAUCCCAAAAUGGUAAAAUCAAAGUUAGUAAUGAGGACAAAAAGCCGACCAAAAAUGGGCCGAAGUUAGAAGAUCUAGUUCCAUCUUCCCAAAUAAAAUCCUAUUAUGCUGGAAUGGCAAUAGAUGAUACAAGGAAACCUGCAAAGGAAAAGAAAGGUGGUGAGAAAAAAAAGAAAAACGAAAAAAAAGAUGAUAAACCUAAACCUGCAAAAAAUCUUCAGGAAGCCUUAGAAGCUAUUGAUCCAAUAGAAUUAGCAAAUAUAAUAACAACAAACAAACUAAGAUUUUCCAACGCACCUCUGGUUUGGCUUAAAGAAUUAGCUAGCCAUUUGAACUCUAAAAUUCCAUUUGAUGUGGAGGACCCAACAUUUUCUAAUCAGGAAGCCACAUACCCAGUCAGUGCAAUUAAGCCACCUGAAAUCAAGAGUAGCAUUGCACAAGUUCUCAAAGAUGCAGGCAAAGCAAAUGCUCAGUUGUUUUUUGAUGUAACACUGACAGCUUUAGCCAAUGAUAUGAGUAGAGGUCAAUCUGUAAAUGGACACAGGAUAUUGUUACAAAUGCUGGCUUUAGAGAAUCCCGAAUUUUGCAUUGUGUCUAUUCAGAAGAGUAUGAGUCUAAUGAAUUCCUAUCAAAAUCGUCCACCAAUUGGUCUCUCUUUGUUGUGGGCAUUGGGUCAAGGCGGACAUGAAAACUUUGCUGUUGGCAUUAAAGUUUGGCAAGAAAUAUUCCUACCAAUAAUAGAGCUGAAGAACUACACCAAGUACGUUAUCAGAUAUCUGUCGAAGCUUCUAGAUAGGCACGUGAGCAUGGGUGACGCCAAGGUAACCCAGGACCAGCUCUUUGCGAUGUUCGACUUAGUGAACAGCAAGCGAGGAGGCCUGUCCAAGGAAUUGUCUAGUGACCUAAUGAACCAAUUAGUCAAAUAUAAGGAUAUUUACUUUAGCAAAAGUGGUAACAAGCUGCAAGUGACUUUCAAUCAGCUGAUGAAGAAGCUCCCGAACCAGUACCUGAGUGGCUCCAGUCUGGACCAGUACAACGGUGUGAUCGUUCAAAGUCUGGUGGACUGUCUGGCCCGAGACGACUCCUGCAACGCCACCUGGAGACAGCUCUUCCAGAGGUGUAGCAAGCAGAGUGCAACCCUAAUCGAAUUUAUAGAUACCAAUUGGAAUGAAGUUAGCCCGCGUUUGAAACACAAGACCCUGAAACUGACGAUUACCCAUUACAAGGAGGUUUGUGGUGAAACGCUUAAAGGGAAGAAAAAAGAUGAAACAGUUAUGAAAGCAAAUAAGAUAUGCCAGGAUAUUCUAGACAGGAUGACAAAUACUAGAAGAUUCCCUUGGAUAUGGGCCAGCUUCUUCCUGUUGGUCAGCAUUGCAGGUAUCAUCUCAUAUGAUGUGUCAAGAGUUGGUGGUAAUUUCCCAAAAAGCACAACAGGUCAGCUUUUAAAUGAUCUAGGUUUGUUAGAGCAGAGUCAGAAAGCAUGGCAGAAGACACUGUCCUCAUCGGCUCGUGGAUACAUUUGGAUGGAAAAUAAUGUACCCGUUUACUACACUCAAUUUAUUGAAGUUUCUAAACCAUACGCAGAGCUAUCAAAGGAUGUAUAUACCAUAGCUCUAAAGAAAACUGCAAUUAUAUAUAGCAAUAUACGGGACUAUGUUCAAGAGAAAACGCCAGUGGUGCUUGCAAGUAUUGAAAACUAUGCCCCAGGUGUUAUCGAGACAAUUCAAGUGUACUCGGCAAAUGGAUUUAAUGCUUUGAAGAAAUAUUCAAAUGAUUAUUAUCAAUUGACAGCCGAUUAUAUGAAGACGAAAGUUUUUGUUGGAGACUGGUCUCCAGAGAUUCUCCAGAAUAAGACACAGGUAGCACUGAAUGCUACCAGAUCCCAUGUAACCAAUUACCUGCAUUGGUUCAGAAAACAAGUCCACACUUACUCUGAAAUACCCUGAAAACUGUGUUGUGGACAAGUGAAAAGUGAAGUGAAAGUGCUUUGACCCAUUGUAUUGAGUGUUUUGAAGAUAUAUUACUAUUGUGUUUUAAGUAGGUAAGAUAGUGAAGCAAUAUUGCCUUUAUGUACUUGUAGUCUGUUAAAUGGUUUGGAUUCUCAAAUAUUAUGACGGAAAAUUUGUUAUGUAAGUGGAAUGCUACUACAAAGAAUUGUUAGACAUCAAUAUUGUUCUUAAACCGCAAAUGGCAAUUAAAUUUGGCCUUGAUUGAUUUUACCAUAGAUCAUUUAUACAUCUAGAUAGACUAUGACAGUGAUUGAUUUUACCAUAGAUCAUUUAUACGUCUAGAUAUACUAUGAUAUCUGUGAAAAGGUUGAAAAAAUAGACUUUAGAACUAACCUCUAUUUUAAGCAAUUCACACACACUAACCUUAUAUUCCUGGCCUGUCUUUAUUGGUCGUCGAACAGCAAGAGACUAUCUAGACGUAUAAAUUAUCUAAGGAUUUUACAAUUAUGCUCUUUUUGUGCAGAACAAAACAUUUAAUAUUGUGGGUGAAUGCACUUUGAAUUCAUCAAUGAAAUUAUUUUAAUUUAGGCCUAUUUUAUUUUACAAAUGAUCUGUUGCUAUUAUUGAGAAAUGAAAUUAUUUAUUUUUAAUCAAAGUAUUGCUGAAUUAGUUUCUAUGUGAUCAUGUUUUAAAUUUUAUAGAACUGUACCAAUUUUAUACAAAAAAUUCAUUAUGUAGUCAACCAGAGUGUUCUUAAUUAAAUUUCUUAGAUAUAUAUUUAUUUUACAAUCUGUUGCUAUUAGACAAAUUCAUAAAUUUGUGUUAUAUUGUUAUACAUGUAAUGUUUGCUACUAAUAUGAUCAAACUCUUUUACUUUAUGAUAAAUACUUUACUUUCUCAUUUAGACAUUUACAUACAUCAUACUCAUUUCAGUGAUAGAACCAUAGACUAAAAACUGGGAUAUUUAAAGACUUGCAAAGGUUGAUAUGUCAUUAUGUGAUUUACACAGAUCCAUUUAAGGUUACUAUAGCAUGACAUUCUGUGCACAAUGAUUUGGUGCUUUAUCUUAGUUAGGUGUCAUAUUUUAUAAUAUAUGUGUGAUCACUACCCCAUAAUUCCAUGACAUUUUCACUGCAGUAUUGAAAAAACAUUCCCUGAUGCAUUUAUGAUUGUAAAUUCUAUCAGAGUUACCGAGUAGGAUUUGUCAGAUCACAAACUUAUUGCUUACAAUUUAUUGUAAUUUAGGGCUAUAAGUUUUGUAGUGUAUUUAUUUUGUGUUGAGAAUGGUGUUUUUAAAAAUUUAAUACAGAAUCUAAAGAA